AUGGUUCAAAUUGUACUACUUGGGAGUCUGUUGCUCUCAGCAGCUUGUGUUAAUUCAGCAGUGUUAAAUGACAGAGCUGCAAAGCCUUACAUCAACAAUACCCUCGAGCAUGGCGUAGUUACCGAGUGCAAAACUUGUCCGUACUCGCUAUGCCCAAACGUAGCAGCGUAUGACUACGACUCCUCGAUGAAGCUGACCUGUUGGACUCACGGCGAUGUUAUAAGUCGUGGCGGUAACGAUGGCAACAAUCGAAUGUUGGCCGAGGAGAAAAUACUUACAAAAGUCAAACUUCUCAGUGUUUGGCUCAAAACCGACAAAAACUGCUAUGUCACCCAGUACGAUCUACUUCUCUACAACGGCACCUACGAGACAGACUUAGCGUAUUGUGGCAAAGCUUCCGAAGUCAAAAAGUACACCCAAACACCCGCAAAAGCAAAAUACAACACAGAGUGCUGGAUCUGUCCAUCCAUCAGCUGCGACAACGUGGCAUACCACAAGUACGGCACAAACCUAGUAACUACCUGCUACGCCGACGAGGAUCCCGAAAGCGCCCCCUAUAACGGUGACAGCGUCUGGGUAAAAACAACCCAAAACUGCUACGUCUCCGAAACCGGUCUCGUCACCAAACCAGACCGUUCCAAACUCGACAACUGCGGUCCCAUCCCCUUCCUCCAAUUAAACCAGACCACAAAAGGCACGCCGCAGACCUCAGAGCCAGACGAGAAACGCGCGCCGCCGAAUCUCGAUCUCGAUAAACGCUACCUCGUGGAUUUCCUGGUCGGUGAGGAUUUCGCUGUCUGUUACAAGAAUUAUACGACGGCUGCGCCGGUGGUGAAGAAGUAUAAGUGGGAUACCAAGGUCGCGGCGCAGUGUUUUGAGGAUGAGAAUUCGUACCCGGAGACGCUGGUGGGGUAUUGGUUGUUGACGACUGAUUUCUGUUGGGUGAGGGGACAGGAUUUUUGGGAGGGUAGUGGGCGGGGUAGUUUCCGAGGUGUAGUUUGUUUGUGUAGGGGAUUUGAGGGUGGAAUUUGGCGAUUGAUCUGUAGGGACAUGAGAUUCGGACCCGGCACUAACUAUUGGCCUUUACGAGAAUUGCCAGCUGUGACCACCAUACUACCUAGCAAUUGA